AUGAAGGAGGGAGGAAGCGGAAGUGCUACGCCGAACGACGUUGAGGUCGCAACGAUAAUAGUAGCAGCAGUCGACGACAAGUCUGAGUGCCCCGAAGGAGGAUUGCAUGCUUGGCUCGCCGUCCUUGGUUCUUCGCUCGUAUACUUCGUCUCAUUUGGCCUCAUCAAUAGCUUUGGGACGUUUCAGGAGUUCUAUGAGCAAGACUACCUCUCGAGCCAUUCUGCUACAUCUAUUGCGUUCAUCGGAACUCUGGAGAUCACAUUGCUCUAUAUCGGUGGCGUAUUCAUUGGACCUCUAUUCGAUGCGUUUGGGCUCAAGUAUCUAUAUCCCAUUGGAUGCCUCGGAAGUGUCCUGGCCCUCGUUGCCCUUUCCUUCACAAAGCCAGAGCAGAUAUACCAGCAGUUUCUCUCUCAGGGAGUUCUCUUCGGUAUCUCGGUCGGUUUCGGUGCGUACCCCGCCCUGGCGUUGGUAGGUCAGUACUUCAAGCACAAGCGUGCUCUUGCCAUGGGAAUAGUCGCCGCCGCAAGCAGCGUCGGCGGAGUCUGCCUCCCCAUAAUGUUCUCCCGGCUCUUCAAAACCAUCGGUUUCUCCUGGUCGGUACGUGUGGCUGCCCUCAUCACGUUGUUCUGCUAUUUAACUGCUAUGAUGAUAUCUCGAACUAGAUUGCCUCGUAAACCAAUGACGAAGCCGAGCCAAUUCGUCGAUUUGGGUGGGUUUAAGGAUCCGCUAUAUGUGGUGCUGAUGGUCGGAGCGUUCCUCGUGAACUUGGGGCUGUAUAUCCCGUAUUACUACAUCGAACCGUUCGCAAUCCAGCUCGGCAUAUCGGAGAACGUACACCCCUACCUCCUCCCCAUGCUCAACGGAUUGUCGUUCUUUGGACGCAUUAUCGGCGGUCAUUUGGCGGAUAUCUACGGCCGCAUGAAUGUUCUCGUCCCGACGACGCUCAUCUCUGGCAUUCUCUGCCUUGCCCUCUGGCUCCCUUCGAAUGGGACGGUCCCUGUGAUCAUAUUUGCUUGUGUCUAUGGUCUCUUCUCCGGCGCCUUCAUCUCCGUCUGUCCCGCCACAGUCGGCCAGAUCUCCCCAACUUCCAAGCUCGGAGCCCGAAUCGGCACGUUCUUCGGCGUCGUCGCGUUCGCCACGCUCACGGGGACGCCUAUCGGGGGUGCGUUCACCGCGGGCGCGGAGGGCGUGGAGGGGUAUAGGCGUGUUGCUAUAUUUUCUGUGCGUCUUUUCUUUUCUUUGUCUGUGGGGUGA